GUAUCUCGCUAAGAUAGGUCUCCGCUGUCUCAACUUGUUAGCAACAUUGAAUCAAUGCUGGGGAAAUUUUACAGCAUGAUCAUUAAUGAAAUGGCAGAUAUACAUGAAAAUACACUGGUGUGGAGGGUUUUACUUACAUUUGGUUAAAUUUUGUCAUCUCUUUUGUAAAAGUCUAAAACUGAGUUUUGGAAACUCUGAUGUGCUCUUGCACCUAUUUGUAGGGCUGCUAUAAAUAGGCCCCUGCUGGCAACACAUGCUUGUCUAUGAUAGGAGGCUACUGAGAUUUUCUCCACAGACUCCUGCUCCAAAGCAGCACUGAAAACAUCUCAAUGGGGCUUUUACUUGGAUGACAUCAUAUAAGCUGAGCCCUGACUCCUGAACAAGCUGUGGACACGACCACAGAGUAGUUUUAUACUUUGGGUAGCACAUUUAUCACGGAUUUUACCUUUAUUGUGAAGUGUUUCGGUGGACAAUGACUUCAAGAAGGCCAAUGACUCGCUCUUUCUCUGGCAAUGGGAGGACAAGCAGCUUCAGUGAAGAGGAGGGCAGCUCUUCCAAUGGCCGCUCAGAGAGCCGUAACACUUACCUCUCAAAUGUUAGGCCAGAAAACAGGAGCACAUUGUGCAGCGUCAUGGCUCAGCUGACUGAAGACAUACAGCCGUCUUUCGAAACCACCUUGAAAUCCAAGGCAGUGUCAGAAAACUGUAAUGUGAAGUUCAGCUGUGUGGUGUCAGGUUAUCCAGCUCCAGAACUGAAAUGGUAUAAAGAUGACAUGGAAAUGGACCGGUAUUGUGGACUCCCUAAAUAUGAAAUCCGCCGUAAUGGAAAAACCCACACUCUCCAUAUUUUCAACUGUACAUUGGAUGAUGCAGCCAUCUAUCAGGUCUCAGCAAGCAAUAGCAAAGGUAUUGUCUCAUGUUCUGGAGUUUUAGAGGUUGGCACCAUGAAUGAGUACAAGAUUCACCAGAGGUUCUUUGCUAAGCUGAAACAGAAAGCAGAGAAGAAGAGAAACGAAAUGGAAGUGCAGAAUAAGAAGGAAGAGACAGCUAUAAUUCAACAAGAAAAAUUACGUAGCAGCCCAGAACGUCCUCCAAGAAAGCGUCCCAUUCCACCAUCAGAGGACAGAGCAGAGGUCAAGCAGCCUGAGGCUGUGGAGCUAAUGGGAGCUGCUGCUGAAGCUAAUGGAGUUAGCUUGGAAGUUAAGGAAACAGUGACGUCCAAAGACACUGACCUUGAGAAUGAGACUUCUCCAUCUGAGAAAAGCAUGGCCAAAAAGAAAAUUAAGAUUUCAAACGGAGGAGAUGUUCCAGUUAGCAACAGCAGCAGCACUAACAGAAGCCAUAUGAUGGGAAUUGGAGGUGAAAAUUGUUACGAUGGAGGAAUCAGUUUGGCACAGUUUUUGGCCGAGGCUCUUCAGUCUCAGGCUGCUGAGGAGAAACAGAACUCACCUCGAGAGAGACGAAAAGAGAUGGAUAUACCUGCUGUAGGUGCAAAUACAGAGAAAGAGAGAGAGGAACCAGAGAAAGUGCUGGAGGAAGAGCAUGAGAAAGAGAAAAAGAGCGAAGAAGAAUUAGAAAGAGAGACGUCACAUACACACACCAAACAUGGCACAGAAGUCAAACAUCACAGCAAGGCGCACAAGGAUCAUGAACACCACAAAAUCCCGGCUUCCAUCUCCUCGAUGUUCCACUCAGUCAAAGACUUUCUCUUUGGGAAGGGUAAAAAAGACUCUCAUGAUCACAAUGAGAACAAGGAGAAAGAGCUUGACCACCUGCCUCCUAAACCAGACACUCCACCAUCUUUUCGACUGCAAAUUAUGCAAAACCAAGAGUGUAAGCCUCUUACAGAGAACACUUUGCCAAUGGAUAUUGAUAAACCAAAGGAGCACCUAGAAACAGUAUCACGGGAGCCACAUGAGCACAAACGUGAAGAAAGUGUUCCACACAUUGUGCUGCCUGCAGCUGUAAGCAUAGAUGAGCCCACAGGACUGAGCGUUGAGGGAGCCGAUGAUGCUGAGGAGGCCAUGGAGGUGUCUGAGGGGCCAGAGAUCAGCAGUCCAGUUGCAGAAAUAUCAUUGUCUGGGCUUCAAGUUCUCACUGAGGCUGUUCCCUUAAUCCAGCAAGAGCCUGUGUCUACUGUGCUCUCACCACUGCCCACUGGCCAGGCAGCAACAGAUCACUCUUCAGCCCUUGAAGAUAAACCUGUCUCACCAAAUAUCCAAGCCUCUAUUGAAGAAGCAUUCUCCCCCACCCUCACAAGCCUGGAAGAAAGCUGGACUCUCCCUCCCAGUGUUAUCUUAUCAUCAGACAGCGUUAGAGAGGCGCCCACUGAAACUGUGCAGGAGGAUAAGAUGGGUGUCAUUGAUGUGAGGGAAAGUGAACUCAAGGCAGAUGAGGGCCGUCCUUUGAAUCAGUUAUAUGAGGAAGAGAAAGCUGAAAUGAAAUUAGACCAACAGCCGAGCUCGGAUGUGAACAGAUCUGAGAUUACUGAACUGACUGCUCCUUCUGUGCAAGAGAGAAUAGUGCCACUUGAAUCUAUAACAUCAGAUCAGGUGCCACCACCACCGCGUUCUGUGGCAGAAUACGGUGAUAAUGUAAAAGAAGAUAUUGAACAAACUUUACAGAGUCAGGAAAUGAUUGUAGAAUUUCCGCCCAAUGAAGCCCCAGAGAGUUUAGAAGAGGGUGACCUAGAAAUACAGCAAGCGGGCAUGUCUGCACCGGAAGAAGAAAGCAAAGAGGGCCAAGGCAUUAGUGCAAUACAAAGUACAAACUCAGGUUUAAGCAGCAGUGAAGAAAGUCCUGUUUUUGUGACAGAGGGGUUGUGCAACAGCCUGAAAACACAAGACCAGGUGGCUUUAGAGGAAAACACAGAAGCAAGGCAAGAUAGUUUACCAUUUGAAGUGGUGGCAGAAAGUAGAGAUCAAGAAGAGGAAGCAAAAUUUAACCUUCCGGAAGCACAAAGCAAUGAAGGCAGUGUGGGAGAAGGCAGUGCUAGUGCACAUCUAGAUGGCAGUGAGAGGCAGCAGGAUUGGCCGUCAGAGAAUAAUCCACAAAUUCAAAUAUCUACCACUAAAGACACAAUAGAUAUUAAACCAACUGUGUCCUAUGAAAAGCCAAGUGAAGAGUUUGUCAUCCCAAAAAUUGAAGUAAUGGAGCCUGAGCACAAAGAGCACACUCUGCCACUUACUAUUUUAGCACUGAAUAAGCUGGAAUCUGAGCCUGUAGCUUUGCAAAAACAUGACUCAGCACAUGCAUCUGAUGAAAUAGCACAAAACAAAAACAUGACUGAUUUUCCAAGCUUGCUGCCCAUGCAGAAAGGUAUGCAGAAUGAUUAUAGCCUCUCACCCACAGAAAAAGUCAAGGAAGUUGUGCAAUUAGAUGACGAGACUGAAAUGUUUGAGCGAGAGCAGCCGCCUGUGAUAAGCAGUGAACAGCUCCCUCAGAUGGCAGUAGCAUCCAUUCCUGUUAUAAAUGUUUUAUGCUCUGAUGACAAGGAGGAUGGUGUGUAUGCAAACAGCCAUGUUUCAGACACACAGCAGCCUUUUGAAACAGCAGCAGUACCCCUGUUUGUGGUGCCUCCAAUAUCUGUCACUUGUUAUGAAAGUGAUUCUGUGCUCACACAACCCACUCAGACGGAUCUGACACAAACAGAAACUCCAGCUGGCAUGCAAAAGGGAAAUGAGAAUGAUGUUGGCAAUGAUAUGAGCACUAAUCCUGAAAAAACUCUGAGUGGAAAAUUUAUUCUAAAGGAAAUGGCAGAUAACAGUAUAGAAGAGAAAAUUCCCUCGUUGCUGUUUGAAGCUCUAAUACCAAAGGCUGGGGACAGUAAACCAACAGAAGAUGACACUAUCCCUGAUAUUUUAAAAACAAAACCUCUUAAAGAGGCCAAGACAGAAAGUUUUAUGUCUUUGGAGGACCUGCAAAAAAACAGAUCAUCUGUUGAAAGACUCAGCUCGAAACCCCCCACAUAUCCAUCACUGAGCCCAGCCAGCCUGCGUAAAUUCAUGUCCAAAGCUGCUCCAGACACAGACAGCGUGACUUUAGUGAGUGACCGUCAGAGCGACAAGGCAGACGAAGAUCUAAGCGGAGGCUCCACACCAACUUCAUCCUUGUCUUGUGAAAGCAGUCCCCGGCUGAAACGCAGAGACAGCCUGUCACUCAUUCGCUCCGCAACACCAGAGGAGUUGGCCUCUGGAGCUCGUCGCAAAAUAUUCAUCCCAAAACCAAAAGAAGAUGAAGGGGCUGCUGUCGGUUCACUGGAUUCGCAGGGAAAGAAAGAGAGCCCCUACAUGUCACCCAGCCAGGCUCGCAGAGCAGCAUUACUACAAGCUCCCACUGGACAGAAUACACCACCGAUGGAGAGGCGAUCCCCGCUGCUGAGCCGCCGGAAGAUUACCCUAGAGGUACCAAAAGUGGUGGAAGAGACUCCCAAGGAGGAGCAAAGCAGCUCCAAACGAGAGGAGAAACCAGAAAAGAAGCUAGACCCAUUGAAAGCUCCACAGGUUAUCCGAAAGAUCAGGGGAGAGCCGUUCCCAGAUGCCUCGGGACAUCUGAAGCUGUGGUGCCAGUUCUUCAAUGUGCUCAGUGACUCCACCAUAAAGUGGUUCAGAGAUGAGGAGGAAAUACUUGAGGUUAAGAGAAGUGGAGGAGAUGAAAGCCAAGUAGCUCUGGCUAUUGUUCUUGCAUCCAAUGGAGACUGUGGGGUUUACGGCUGCUCCAUCAAAAAUGAAUAUGGGACUGACAGCACGGACUUCUUACUCAGUGAAGAUAUUCUGUCUGAGAUUCUUCUUCGAGAUGAUUUGGAAGUUGGAGAGGAGAUCGAGAUGACGCCGCUGCUGUUCACCAAAGGCCUGGCUGACUCAGGCACCUGGGGUGGCAAGUACUUUGGCCGCAUCAUGACUGAGGCAGCAAAUGUUGGGAAUGGCUGCGCUCACAAAGCCAGCAAAGUUAAGGUCAUUUAUGGCCUGGAUCCCAUUUUUGAGUCUGGAAGCGCCUGCAUCAUCAAAGUCCAAAAUCCCAUCGCGUACGGGACCAAACAGGAGAGCAACCUUGCAGAGAGAAAUCUAGAGAUUACUAAGCAAGAAUGCAAAGUCCAAAACAUGAUUCGAGAAUACUGUAAAAUAUUUUCAGCUGAGGCAAGAGUCCGAGAGAACUUUGGCACCCCACUGGAAGUGAUUCCUCAGUAUCUGAUGUACCGGCCUGCAAACUCUGUGCCAUAUGCCACAGUGGAGGCUGAUCUAAAGGGUGAAUUCAUCGAGUACUGUUCAAUAGAUCCUAAAGGCAAACUAAUGACAAGAUCCUCUUCUGAGGUGGAGCAGAAAUGCUGCACCUUCCAACAUUGGAUCCAUCAAUGGACACAUGGAAAUCUGCUGGUCAUCCGACUAGAGGGUGUUGAAACAAAGAUUACAAAUAUCAGAGUUGUGACCAAGUCAAAAGGAUACCAAGGACUUACAGAGAACGGCUCUCCAGAGAUAUUCGAACAGUUCCUGACACAUCAUCAGUGCAACUACUACUGUGGACUGCUUGGCUUGCAUCCUCUUAAGGCCAUGGAUAGUCUGCAGCAGCCAAGCAAGACAAAAGGCUCCAGGAGCCCCCUGCUAAACCGCAAGUUGGGCUCUAGCCCACAGCUUCAGCGGAAAGGAAACAGCCCGCAGAUGCUGAGAAAGGCAAAUUCUAGCCCAAAGGUAACUAAAAAAGUUCUGCAGACAGAGGACAUUAAAUCAGGCACGAAACCAGCGCCGGCAGAAACUGCUGAUGCUUCUGAAAUGAGGUAGAAAAAAAAGUGCCUCUUUUGUUUCAGAUUAAAUGUUAUCACUUUAAAUGUUUAAGUGUUACCUGUUUUUCCAAUUUCUAAGGCCAGAAAGACUUGAAGAGAAAGAUAAAAUAGGAAGGUUUGUUGACCUUUCUUGUCAUAAAGAAUUACUGUGAAUUUCUGUCAGCAUUGCAGUUUCAGUAAGAGACGUCCAUCCUCUUACUGUUGUUAAAAGAUUUAUGAGGAUGUUUGCAGUAGUCUGCAUGGGUUUAAUGACUUUUUAGCUCAUAGACACCAAACAGUAAAUUCAGUGUAUUUUCUCUCCUAGAAGAAUGAAAAUCAAACUAAUGGUGCCUAAACACACAUAUAUGAAAUAGUUUGAAACAAAUGCUUCAGAGUCUUAUCAGCUCUACAAGUGGACAAAUAGCUCCAAGCCGAAUUAGUCAUCAUUGAACUGCACUUCAAACUUUAGAAGUCGCUCUGAAAUUUACUUCUGUUUUUAAACUCCUUUUACAUGUUUGAUCUAAAAAAGAAAGAGCCACAGUCACAGAGGAGACUGGGGUGAUGUGUCCAUAAUGAACACUGCAUGUCCAUCUGUGAUGUACAGUAUGUUUGUGGGGCAUAAUUUUGUUGGGAACUGAAUUUAUUGUUUCCAUUAGAACUGAUUAUGCAGCAUAAAUUUUUACUGCACAGUUGAGCUCAUGCCGUUCAAUCACAGUUCAGCAUUUGGUCAAAAAUGUUCGUGUGCACCUUGUUUUUGGCAUUAUUUUGUUGUAUUCCUUUUUAAUGUCUGUGUUUCUCUUAAAGUUUUCCAGAUACAUGUCGUUGAAUGUCAUGUGCAAAGCAAUGAGCAGAAAGGGGGCUUACCAGUAAACUCUUUAACUAUGCGGUAUGCUGAAGCUCAUUGACAUGCAAAUCAUGUUUUCCCAGGUACAAGGAAAGCUGCUGAAUGAGUGUUUAACAGUUAUUUGGACCUGACCUAUGGACUGUGGGCUAAAGGCACACUCAGAAUUCCAGGAGUCUGAUGAUCACUCAGUAAGGCUCCUGGUGUGAAAUCUGUGAAGUUUUACUUACUCUGAAAAUCACACUUUCCUGGAAACCAGGGCUUUUACAAAUGUAGAGAUGGACAGCUUUAACCAGCCUCAUCAAUCAGAACAGUUUCUUUGUUUAAAUAUGGUGCAACGCCAGCUUGAAUUUGAACAUAGUUUAAAAUGGCAUGUCUGGCUUUACACAGGAAGUCAUAGUUCAGUCCUAUGAAGAGUUCUUUACAAAUCAAUUAAAGCUGACAAGAAAUCUGGCCACACUUUAGUUAAGGGUCCACAGAUUAUCAAUGAAUUAUCAUGAAUCCUACAUGAAAAACAUGAAUUCAUGCAUUAUGAAAUCUCAGGAGUGCACAUGUAUUAAUAUCUCAUGCCUGACUCUAUAUAUUCAUUAACGAAGGUGUUUGAAUCAUUAUGAAACCAAGAUUUAAUCUUGUUCACGAUGUCCUCACAGGUAAACACUGAAAGAAAUAAAACAAAAACAGACCAAUCUACUCAAUUCCUCAUAUAACUGAUGCAUAGCUAGGUUUGAACAUUUUAUAGCUGCUUUACAGAUCACUUAUCAUCCAUUUAACAAGGUUUCAAAUUCACAAAUUGAAAUUUCCAAGCAGGGAGUGAUGGAAGAAACUGUCUUCCAAACAGUUUGACUCAAAACAAUCACACCACAAAUGAUUUUAAACCAUUUUAAAGACAGAUCAUUGAUUUGCUUUAUUUAAGGGUCGGAUUGGUCCCUUGUCCUUGUCCCUUUAUGUACAAAGUUAUCUAUAUAUUAAUAACUUGAGCCAUGAUAAUUCAAAUUUCAUUAUUCAUUAAUGAAGAGAUACGAUUAAUACAUUAGGACCACUGAUAUUUCAUCAUUCUUUCUUUCAUGAAUUCAUGGAAAUUAAUUAAUAAUUAGCAGAUCCUUCACUAGUGUGACCAGAAAUCUUUUUACAUUUCUGUUCAUUUUCAAAAGUUUCAAAAAAGGCAGCACAUCUCGAAA